ACUGGGGUUGUGAUCCCAUAUGUCUUGAGAAAUUUGGUUUGCCAUCUCUUAAAGUAAUUAGGAAAGGCAUAACCUAUGCUCCUUUUCAAAAUGUGAUGGGUUAAAUCCUUUCUUUCUAGGCCCUUUCAAAAUCAGUGGAUUUGCUGCUGAAGUGAGAUUCUCUCUUCCACGCAUGAAAUCAAGGUUGCUCCACCUGCAACUGGAGCCGUCAUGGAGAAAAGUGGAAACAUACAGUUGGAGAUUCCUGACUUCAGCAAUUCUGUUCUGAGCCACCUCAAUCAGCUGCGCAUGCAGGGCAGGCUGUGUGACAUUGUGGUCAAUGUUCAGGGCCAAGCCUUCAGGGCCCACAAAGUUGUGCUGGCUGCUAGCUCGCCUUACUUUCGGGACCACAUGUCACUCAAUGAAAUGAACACAGUCUCUAUCUCUGUCAUCAAAAGCCCCACUGUGUUCGAGCAGCUUCUGUCUUUUUGCUACACAGGGCGAAUAUGUCUCCAAUUAGCUGAUAUUAUAAGCUACUUGACGGCAGCCAGUUUUCUGCAGAUGCAACAUAUUAUAGACAAGUGUACACAGAUCUUGGAGGGCAUUCAUUUUAAAAUUAAUGUGGCUGAAGUUGAAGCAGAAUUGACCCAAACAAGAGGAAAGCAUCAAGAAAGACCUCCAGAUUCUCAUCGGGCUUCGCCAUCUAUGAAUCGCUCUCUGAGUCCACACCACAGCACUCCAAAAGGAAGCCGUAUGGGCCAGGUCAGCACAGUGCUGGAUAUUCGGGAACUUAGUCCUCCUGAGGAGUCAACAAGCCCUCAAAUAAUUGAACAGAGCUCAGAUGCAGAGAGCAGGGAACCCAUACUGAGGAUUAACAGGGCAGGGCAGUGGUAUGUGGAGACUGGAGUGGCAGACCAUGGUGGGCAGGGUGAUGAUGACGUCAAGGUCCUUGGAGCAGUACGAAUCAAAACCGAGAACUUGGAGGAGUGGCUCGGAACAGAAAAUCAGCCUUCUGGAGAAGAUGGGAGCAGCGCUGAGGAGGUUACAGCCAUGGUGAUUGAUACUACGGAGCAUGGAUCAUUGGGGCAGGAAAGUUAUACCUUAGGCUCAUCAGGAGCAAAAGUGGCCAGGCCCACCAGUACUGAGAUUGACAGAUUUAGUCCUUCUGGUAGUGUGGUUACUGAGCGGUACAGGUCAAAAAGCGAAUCUCCGUGGCGGAUGGAUGAACCUAAGCAACCUAAUUCUCAGGUGGAAGAUUCUGCUAUAGUUGGAGUUAGUGGCUAUGUUGAAUAUCUUCGUGAACAGGAAGUAUCCGAACGGUGGUUUCGUUACAACCCACGUCUUACCUGCAUAUAUUGUGCUAAAUCCUUCAACCAGAAGGGGAGCCUGGACCGGCACAUGCGUCUUCACAUGGGCAUCACACCUUUUGUUUGCCGUAUGUGUGGGAAGAAGUACACCCGAAAGGAUCAGCUGGAAUACCAUAUCCGGAAACACACGGGCAACAAGCCCUUUCAUUGCCACGUCUGUGGGAAGAGUUUCCCCUUCCAGGCCAUCCUCAACCAGCACUUUCGUAAGAAUCACCCUGGGUGUAUGCCCCUGGAGGGGCCACACAGCAUCUCCCCAGAAACCACCGUCACAUCAAGAGGGCAAGCUGAGGAGGAAUCCCCUCUUCGAGAAGAAGCUGGCAUGGCUGGGGAGACAGCACAAGGAUCUGUGUCCACCACUGGACCAGACUGAUGCAGAAUGGUAGAUGGGUGAGGGGGAUCCUCUCUUGAUGAUAAGCAAACCCCACUGAGAUGGCGAGUUGAUGUUGUCAUUUGGGCAGUGUUGCUGCUGGACAAAGACGCUCCUGAAAUGUUGCCAAAAUAGAGAAAAUAAGAUAACAAAGUGCUAAAUGAUUCCCCCUUUGCUCAUCUCCUUGGGGAGGGGGAAGCAAAACUGAGUCAAUUAACCUCUGCUUCAGGGAUUGACAGCUUUGAGAGGCUUUUUUACCAUGUUGAGUAAUGACAAAGGAGAGACAGUUUUUUAAAAAAAAUAAAUCUUGGUAACAGACAUUAUUCGGUCUGUGGGCUGUAGGGCUCUAGUUGUGAUGAGAGCAGAACAUUAACCUCUGCAUUCAUCACAGUAUACCACCAUAGGAAUCAUGUGGUGAAGAACUGCUUUUUGUGCCCCCUCUCCCAGGUAAUUUUUUAAAAAGAAUAAUGGUUUUCCUAGUACAACCUAUCUGUCCUGAGUGUAUUUUAUCUUGUUUUAUUUUGAGUGGCUUUUUAAAAAAGAAAAUGACCCAUUGCUUAAGGGCUUUUGGAGCAGUGGAGAAAUUUACCCGUUCAAGGUAUGUGGCCUUGCCUGUUUGUCUCCAUGUUAUGAGGCUAGCGACCUUAUCAGCAGUAUUUUGGAGAUGACAAUAUUUAAGUAACUAAGCUACUGAAAAAGAGGACAGUGUUUGGCUUGGCCAGGUUCAGAUGAUGUUUUCAGUUGCAAAAUUUGGGUAGUGCAAAACACAAUUUUUUGUCUUUGUGCACUGCAAAGACAGAAAAAAUAGGGUGACAUUUGCAGUUGUGAUGAAUUGUUACGAUCACAGGAUCUUUGCCUCCCUUGCACUUGAACUAAUAUAACAGCAAUAUUUGUAUAACAAAAUAAUUGAAUCUAGUAUGGGAAGAAAUCAUGGUUUGUUUGUCUGUUUCCCUUUUUAUUUUAUUUUUAUACAAAAAUGCAAAAAGAAAAAAAAUCACCUCCUAAUUAAUUAAUGAGAGUGAAUUUUCCAGUUUCUUACAAGCAAUGAUAGCUCCCUGAAUCUCCAUAUUAUUUCACUUAUGACGUUAUCAAGGAGAUAAGAACACAUUUGCCAAAUGUAGUAAAUAUGUGUCUAUCUCUUUUCCCCUAAGAAGUUCUGUAUACUUGAAAGGAGACAGUGGAGAAAAAUCUCUUGAACAUGUCUCAGAGACUAGCAAAAUAUAAGCAGUUUAAGUUUUCCUUUCAUGUUGGUUUGUACUAGAAACAAAAAGAGCUACUGUCUCUUCAAUAGGAUCACGGUGGUAUUGCAUCCUGGUAUUAUUGAUACUGGUAUCAUCAUCAUUACUGCAAAUGAUAUGUAUUCCAGGAAACCUGGAAAUUAAUUUACAAGAAACUAGUGGAGAAAGCAAAAAUGAAGCAGAAGUUUGAAAUGGGUAAAAGCUUAGUUGACAUUAUGAGAAAAGAUGGCCUUGUGACAAAUCUGCUUGUUCUUUUGAUAUUAACACUGGGCCAAUCCAGCCUCCUUAGGCAACAAGUUUUCCUGCUUGUAAAAAAAUGAGGAUAUUUUCUUAAUUCAUGUUUGGUUGGAAGAAUGAACAAAAACAUAUAAUUAUUUGAUACCCUCCACAACCUUUCUUUCUGUUUUUAAGCUGAGGAAUUUAUCACACUCCCCGCCUUGUGGUGGAGUGCAAUAAAUAAUAACUUCUCUUUAAACCACCCAAAAUGUCAAUGCACAAACUUAAAUAGUUGGACAAAACCCGCCUAGACAUUCAUCCACAUGCACAUGCUUUCUUUGUGAUUGAAAAGGGGGAGGGGGGGUAAUAGAAUUGAAAUUAUAUGCUGCUUUAGUCUUAGCUUUCAGAUUUACCAAAAAGAGGCAAUCUACACUAAAGAGCAUUGGAAAAUAUUUCUAGUUACUUAUAAUAAAGAUUUAGGCAUUUAAAAAUAGAACUUUAAAAAUAUUACCAAACUGUAAGGCAUACAUUUAUUUAUUUACACAUAUGUUAUAUAUAGUUAUAAUGAGAAAGUUUCUCUGUUGACUUGGGAUGGUGUGUAAUGACCAUACAAAAGAGUUUCCCCCAAAGCAGAAUGCAGCAAAAUCCUUCCAAGAUUAAGUAGCAAAGAGUUGACAUGGAGUACUGAAUGUGGUGUUCAUUGGAGCUGUGAGUUUCUUAAGUAAGCUCUUACUGUACUGAUACUGUGAACUGAGAGCUGCAAAAUAAUUCAGGAUCAUGUCAGCCAUUCCCUGCUUGCUAUUAGACAUGUCUUUAAUUAGAUUGACCAGAGUCGUUAAGCACUUCUUGUAUCUUAGUCUGGGCUUAGUUUUGUUUUGUUUUUUAAGUAAAGCUUGUGAAAGGUUUUUCAUUGCCACUGUAGAAAUGUAUAAUUUCUAAUUGCAUGCGAAGGAGCCACUGUUCUUGCCUAAAUCUCAUUUGAAGUGAGAUUUGCAGUUUGUAGCUAAAGACAUUGACCUCAUUCAGGUGUAAGGCUAAGCUAUUGCUUAGUAUUAUGAGAGGAAAUAUAUAUGAGCCAUAAGUUUAUAUGCUCCCCCUUUCUCUUCCAGUGCAUCCAGUGCUUUUGCUUCCUUUGUAAUUUUAUGUUUUAGAUUAAUUAUUGUUUAUCGAAAUAAGUUGAUUGGAAGUCACACUUUAUGAAGCUGUCUUUUUUAAUAAUGUGUGGUUAAGAUCAGCUGUGGCAUAUGGAUUGGACAGUGUUCUAAGCUUCAGUCUAAUAUCAGUGGAAGCCUCUGAUCUUCUCAUAACUCCGCCAGGAGAAGGGAACAUGUAAGUCCAAAGUUUAUUGUGGCUUGUUCUCAUAAUGCUGAACCAUGCUCUAAUAUAAUAUUUGAGUGCAGCCACUGUAAGGAAAAGGACCAUGGAUUGUUCGUGUAUGUAUCUGUGUGCACACUUUCACAUGUCUGCAAAGCAUGUGAAUGAUCUCUGGUUGGCAGUCAAAUACAUUUUUAAAACAAAGUUUGAUCGUUGCCAAAUUAAUGAGACUGUAAUCUUUUUUCUUCUUCUUCAAAAAAGCAAGUUUCUAGUCCUAAUGGUGAGAGAGAAAUACCCGAAAACAUUUGGGUAGUUUCCACUAGAAAACCUUAGCAGAUGGAGAGAGGUAUGUGUCUACUAAUAUGCUGGAAAAUUAUGAUAGUAAAGAAGUGGCUCAGCACUUACUUUUGUCCCCUUUUUCUUUGUCUCAAUCUAUUGUUACUGGUCUGUAACAAAAUAAAUUAGAGCAAAAAGUUAGAUAUUCUGCAGAAAAAAAUUGCAUGCAAAUUAUCUGUCUAAACAUAACAAAACACAUAGUUCAGUGCGCCCUUGUUUUACGCGGGGGAUCCGUUCCGGACACACACACCACGUAAAACAAAAAGCACGUAUGCUCGAGCCCGAUUGCAAGUAAUGGGGCUCAUGUUUGCAGUAUGUGGCGGCGGUGGCACAUGCAUGCCACAGGCACGUGCACCACUGUUUCUUCUGGUGCACAGAUCGAGAAGAAGCAGAGUAUAAUGCACCCACACAUCACACGGGCGCACUGUAGUUGAAUAUGUGCAAAUUAUGUUUUCAUUCAGGCUUGGUGUGAGUGCAAAGUCUAUACAGUACAAGCAACUGCUGAGGUCCUAGAAGCUUAGCAGGACUUUCUUAAUCCCUGUACUGAGAGCAUCCUUUUAAAAGGCAGCUGCAUUUGGGAGCCAUCAUUUAAAUUUUCCACAAUGCCUAGAGUUGCUUUUCUAGGUCAUUGUGUGCAGUUUAAAUGACGACUUCAGGCCUCUAGAACUGAAGUAAUUGAACUCUGCUGUUCUGCUGCUGCUAUGUUAGCUUUGUGGUGCCUCACAAGCACUUUUGUCCCUUCAGACCUGAAACUAGGCAUGAUUUCAGUUGUAUAACUUAUUCUGAGUAGCUUUGUAAAGUGUGGGUGGUGUUGAAGGCAGGAUUAUUAAAUCAUUUGAGGCUUUGGAUUUCAGACACACAAGGAAUGGUGCCUGUGGGCCAGAGAGUAGAAUCUAGCAGACCAGGGGGCAGAGACUAGUUGUAUCUAGAGGGUGUUGCUCUUGAUCAGUCAAGGGAAGAGCUUGGUUGUGCAUAGGGCUCAGGGUGGAGCUUAAUGGGCAUAAAGGUGCUGGAGGAAAUAGCAAAAGCUGUUCAGAACAUACAGAUCCUGAGAUUAGGGUUGGUUUAUUUUUUUGAAGUUGGGUCUGUAUCAUUCAAGAUCAAAAAUGACUAAGACAAAAAUGUGUGGUUUGGUGAGCGAAUUCAUUGUUUUGAGGACUCGCUUGCAAAGCUGGUUCAGUUGUCCAUAUAGACAUUGGUUUGUGAAGCAUAUUUGUUUGUAUAAAUGCCAGCUGUUUUUAAUGGAAGUGGCAAAUGAAGGUGAUUAGUUUAGAUAGAACUGGAAAAAUGUGCCAAUACUUUAUGUGUUACCAUAUUGGUUUUUACUGAAGAACAGUGGCCUAUAUAUACAAGAGUUUUCAUGUUCAGUUCUAUAACCUCAACCAUGAUGCCAGUCAUGACCUACUGUGCCAUUAGUAGCAUUAGCCUGGCCCAGACAGAGUGCUUGACUAGGUUCAGGCAUAUGCAGCUAUCAUUCUGUUUAGAUUCUAUAAUGCAAAUGAACUGGUGACCUACAUUUGUGUUCAAUGCAGCUACAAGUUUUUACCCUUGCAAAACUGUGAUUUCAACUGUGAUUCAAAGGGAAAGUUAUGCAAAAUCCCUUUCAUAUCAUUAAUACCUCAGCAAAGAAUGGCCCAAAUCCCAGACAUAUGUAUUGAGGUGUAUAACUGGUCUUACUGUUUUCAGUGGGACUUACUAAAACUGUUAGUUGGAUAGGGCCAGUGUGGUUAUCUUUAGUUUCAGAGAAGAUUGAAUAGUAAUUUUAUUCUUUGCCUAUGGUGAUAGUCUUCUGAGGGGAAUGAUACGUAGGUUUCAUAGCCCUAAGCUUGCAAAAACAAAAAACAAAUAAAUAAAGCCACCCAACCUUCAAAAUGUGAAUUUUUAACAUUACUCCCUCCCUAAACCUGCUUUUCUGUAUUGAUUUUGCCAUAGCAAUAGAAAUUCUGAACCAUAUCUAUGCUGCACUAGGAAGCAUAUCUGUGUAAAGGUUAAAUUAGUAAAAUGAAAUGUAGACAAUAAUCUUGUGAGCAUUUGAACUCAGACUUAUUUCUGAUUAAAUAUGCAUAAGAUUUGCCUAUAAAAAUAUUUGUCUAUAAAUAUUUGAUCAGGGAAACAGAUGGAAAGAAAUUGCUUUUUCCAAGGAUGCACACCUGAGAUUUGUGAAGUGGAUGCCACCUUUCUUGAUCUAAAGCACCUUUGGAUUAUGUACUUUGGUAACUUAGAGGAAAAGAGAUUCUGUCCCAAAGAGUCUCCUUCUUUGGAGGUUUUUAAAGAGAAGUUGGAUAGAUUGCCAUCUGUCAGGAGUGGUUUGAUUGUGUCUUCGUGCAUGGCAGGGGGUUGGACUGGAUGUCCUUGUGGUUUAUAAUUCUACCCUGAACUGCACAGAUGCAUUUUCCACAAUUAUUUUUCUAAAAUGUGUGCAUAGGUAUGCUAAAUCUGAUUGCCUGUUCCAUAAAUAGAAGGUACUAAAUCACAGCGGUAGCUCCUGACUGGAAGAAAAGGAGGCACUAUUCAUCCAUUCCCCUGCCAUCCCAUUUGUCAUCUCUUUGGUAGCUCCAGACGUUCCUCAGCAUCUCAAAGCAGGAGAAGGAGGAACAGUGAUGGUUCCUUCCUUGCCCCCUUUUCCCCACAGCAGUGAAACCCUGUUAAGCACCAGUCUGAUUCCAACUGGAUUAUUCUAAACAAAAUCCAAAUUUUAAAAUAUCUGAUGUUUUCCUAUAAAAAUAGUUUAUUACCAUCUAUUACAUCCCUCUGCAGAAGUUACAAAAUGGCCUAGGACUGUGUUGGAUAUGCCUAGCCUAAAAAUAUUAAUAUGGAAUUAAAGUAUUGUACCAUAACUUCCUCAUGGGGUAGAAUUCAGAGAGACAGACACGUUAGUCUGGAAUAUUAGUAUACAAAGGGAUCUGGUGUCAUCUUUGAGAUUUACUGUGCAAAAGAAGUUUUUUCCCCUUCUUUUAAGUUUUUCGCACAGUUCAUCUCAAAGGUGCCACAAGAUCCUUUUGCGCACAAACUUCCUCAUGUAGAUCAUAAAUUAUUUUGUCAUCGAUGCUUUUAAGGGAAACCUAAAGUAGGUUAAAAGGAGGUGCGGGGCCAUGUAGUACAGUUAUGCAAUUUGCUUCUCGGUGGUUCAUUAGUGAUCACCAGCAAGCAGUUGCUAUUGGGUGAGCAGAUGGAAAGAUUCCUAAAGAGAACAUUCCACUAGGCAUUUGUAGCUCCUCCAAUGCAAGUCUGUGGUCAGUGUCUGGCAGAUGUUGACCACAGAGUUGCAUUGGAGGAC